GUCAGUUUGACAGUUCGGGUUGGAGUUUUGUUUUUGUUUUUCCUUUUCUUAGUUUUGUUUUAUUUUGCCUUUAAAGUAGAGCUUGCUGAUGUCUUCUCCAAAGUUAAAAUUUCAGAAAAAAAUCCGGCAAAAAGAUGGAAUCAUGAUGCAAGACCUAGCUAAUGAAAUAACCUUAGAUGUCAAGCUGAAACGUGGAAAUACCAUCUUUAAAAAAUUCAACUCUACACAAUCAGAAGCGGAAGACGUCUACAAUCAUAUUCACGAUGAUGUUUGGUUUCACAUAGGCGAUUACAUUGAUCCUGAAGAUGUCGGUGCAUUUGCUUUGAUCUGCAGGCAAACAGCUUAUGUAGUGUCGUGUGCUAUAUUUUGGAAAAAUCUAUACCGACGAUUUUGUAAAGAUUCAAAAACCCUACCCGCAAAUCUGAGAUUUAGAUGUGAGAAACAAAUUGGUUCAAUUCGCAGCAAUGUCAUUUGUGCUUUGUUUCAACUCUAUCCACCAUUCAUAGCUAGAUUAAAAACAGGCUAUGAAAUGUCAUCGAUUCACGGUUAUAGAAUUUCCAACAGUUGGCAUAGAAAAACAGGUCCAUUUUGGUUUUUCUAUUAUAAACUUUGGAAUAGAACAAAUACAAGAAAACCUAAAGAGUCAGUAUAUAAUGAAGACGAUGAUGAUGACGAUGACGAAUAUGGACUUAAUUCAAUUCUUAAAAAACUCAAUAAUGUUUUUGAAAAUCCCGAAGAAGGAAUGUAUUUGCUUUUAGUGAUAACAAACAAAUUUAUACCAUUAAAUGAACAUCAUCAUCAAAAUACUGUCAUGAUGCUACAUUCAACGCGUCAAUUACUCAAUUCGGAUUUAAGGAAUACUAACGUGGAAUUGAAUUUUGUACCUGAAAAUAAAAAGUCGUCAGAAAUUUAUUCCAAAAUUCUGUAUGAAUCGUGUAAACAUAAAGUCUUACCAUGGUGGCAUCCGGAUUAUGAAAAAAUUCAGUUGUUUUAUAAAUAAUAAAACUACCCAAUACCAAUAGACGACCAUUUUUUUAAAUUUACUUUAAGAUAAAUAAAAAUUAAAAUUACAAAAAUGCAUUAAAAAAAAGUGUUUAGAUUCAGUUGCAUACUUAUAAUUCAAAAUUUUAUAUGAACCUGCAGAUCACUGUAUCCGAGCUUUUUUGUUUUUUCUUUUAGAGUUCAAGACCUCGAAAAGUUACUAUGAUAUUGGAAAAUUGUAAACACCAAAAUAUUGAUCGUACAUUUUUUCAGUGCUGACGUCCGUUACUUUUUUCAAAUUGAAUCCCAUUAUAUUUUUUUAAUGUGUUUUUAUUUGGUAUUUAGCAAUGCAGAGUUGCCUAAAAAAAGUAAAAACGGUAUCGUUUCGAGUAUACCUUACCCUAGUCCUGAUAUUCCUUAGUUUUUUCUUUUUUUUUGUUUAAGUGAUUUUACGUAAAAAAUAAACUUUUUAAAAGGAACAAACCCAUUUAUUUGUGGACCAGGUGAAACAAUAGAUACAUAACAAACAAUUUGUCUAAACCACUAGGUUGAUUAAAUUCAAACUUGGAAAUUAAGGUUUGAAGCAGUUAGUCGUUUUUUUCGUACACGUUUUAUGAAAAUAGAUUAAAACAUAACCAAAGGUUUUCCAAAUUUAAGAUGGCGUGGAAACAAAAAUUUGUAUGAAAAAAAUUAGCUCUGGAUUUUUAUAAAAAUUUUACUGAAUGUCGAGAACAAUAUUUUUCUUAAGAUGAAGUCAAUAUUGAAUAAUUUUUGAAAAGAUAUUAGAGUCCAAAGUUAAUUUUUAAGGAAUUUAGUAAUGGUUUUUUUUGUAAAAUUUUACUGAUUGUUGAAAAUAAUGUUUUUAUAAGAUGAAAUUAGUUUGAAGUUAAUAUCAGAAAUUUUUGAAAAAAUAUUUGAGUCGAAAAUCAUUUUUUACCAACUUAUAGCAAUUUUUUAUGAGUGUUUUAGAGUGCUUUCUGCAUUAAUAUACAUACAUAUGUAUAACACCAUUUAUUUGAAGUCGAUACCUUUAAUGGUUCUUGAGAUAUGGACGACAAAAAAGUUUGCCGAGCGUACGGAUCUCGCGUAAACAUCUCCCAACAAAAUUUUUAUUUAGAUUCCUUGAAACGUCGAGAAAUGUCAAGAUUUUUAAUUUGGCAAAUCGGACCGAUUACAAUUACCUUCAAGUUAAUAAAACAAAAAGUUUGCGUAAGCGCAUUUGAAGCAUUCAAAGCAUUGAAAAACAAUUUAAUUUCGAUGCAACUGAUUGAAUUAAAUUUUAUUUUCACGAUUUAAGAUUCCAAGGCUGCGUUCGGAAUGCUGUUCAAAACAUGGAGAAACAACUCAAAGCAAAUUUAACUGCUUAAAAUAUUCGCAAAGUUCCCGAUCACGAUGGAAUUCGUAAUUGCUGAAUGUCUUUAGUAAAAUAUUCAAACAGAAAGGGAUGAGUUUUAAUCAGAUGGAGUUAUCGUAAAAGAUGUUGAGGUUUUCGAACAAAUGGUACAGUUAAUCUAUACAAGAGAGGUUUCAAAACUGUUCGGACGAAAUGGCCAUUUAAAUUGUAGUUAUUGCUAACAAGUAUAUACAUUGAAAAAUUGGAAAUCAUUUCGGAAGAAUUUUUGAAAAAUAUUUAUUUAUUUUUCAGAAUUCGAUAUCGCGAAAAUGGGUCAUAAUUUUUGUAUGAAAAUCAAAUGUGAAUGUGAGUAAGCACUAACUAAAAAUAUGUA